CGGGCGCCGCCGGCCGAAGGGUCUCUUGCCUCCUGCGGGCGCCGCAGCGGCCGGGCCUCUGGACCGCGGGACCCUCACCUUCACGCCGCCCCCCGGCCCGCCCGCCCGCCUCUGGGGCCCGCCCGCGGCCCAACCGCCCCCGACCCUCUCGGCUCCCGCUCCGGCCUCGGCAGCCCUCGCGCCCAUGGCGGCCCUCGGUGGCGUUCGGCGGCGGCCUCUGCUCCUGCUGCUGCUCGCAGGUCUCGUACAUGGCACAGCAGCGGUGUUUGUGGUAAAGGACGCCAACGGGACAGCUUGCAUCAUGGCCAACUUCUCCGCUGCCUUCACGGCCAGCUAUGACACCAGGAGCGGGCCUAAGAAUGUGACCUUCGACCUGCCAUCUGAUGCAGCAGUAUUAAAUAGCAGCUCUUGUGGUAAAGAGAACGCUUCUGACCCCAGUCUCAUGAUUGCUUUUGGAAGAGGACAUGGACUGAUUCUCAAUUUCACAAGAAAUGCAACACGUUACAGUGUUCAGCUGAUGAGUUUUAUUUAUAACUUGUCUGACACACAGAUUUUCCCCAAUGCAAGCUCCAAGGCUAUCAAGACUGUGGAAUCUGCAACUGACAUCAGGGCUGACAUAAAUAAAAAAUACAGAUGUGUGAGCAACAACCAGAUUCACAUGCACAAUGUCACUGUCACACUCCAUGAUGCCACCAUCCAGGCGUACCUUGCCAACAAUAGCUUCAGCAAGGAAGAGACACGCUGUGAGCAAGACGGGCCUUUCCCGACAACGGCGCCGCCGCCGCCUCCCCACCCUUCGCCAUCCCCAGUGCCCGAGAACCCCCCCGUGUACAAGUACAAUGUGAGCGGCAGCAACGGGACCUGCCUGCUGGCCAGCAUGGGGCUGCAGCUGAACAUCACCUACGAGAAGAAGGACAACACGACCGUGACGAGAGUGUUCAGCAUCAACCCGAAUAAGACCACUGCCGGAGGGAGCUGCAGCCCCCAGCUGGUGACCCUGGAGCUCCGCAGCGAGAGCGUCCCUCUCCUGGCCUUCCAUUUUGGAAUGAAUGCAAGUACUAGCCGGUAUUUCCUGCAAGGAAUCCAGUUGAAUAUGACUCUUCCUGACGCCAGAGAUCCCACCUUUAAGGCCGCCAACAGCUCUCUGAGGGCCCUUCAGGCUACCAUCGGGAAUUCGUACAAAUGUAACGCUGAGGAGCGUGUGCAGGUCACAGAGGCCUUCUCCAUCAACAUCUUCAAAGUGUGGGUCCAGGCUUUCCAGGUGCAAGGAGACAAGUUUGGGUCUGUGGAGGAGUGCCAGCUGGAUGAGAACGGCAUGCUGAUCCCCAUCGCCGUGGGGGGUGCCCUAGCAGGGCUGGUCCUCAUCGUCCUCAUCGCCUACCUCGUCGGCAGGAAGAGGAGCCAUGCCGGCUACCAGACCAUUUAGCGCGGUUGUGAGAGGCACGGGGCAGCGGCCGCUGCGGGCUCUCUGCUCCUUUCCCCGGGCUUCGGUUGGUGUUGAGGGAGGCACACUUUCUUGCAAACUGAUUGCAGAUCUGCUUUAUCCAAUGUGAAGUUCAUCUUGCAACAUUUACUAUGCACAAGAGUAACUUUGAAACGACGGUGUUAAUUUUGCUAACUGGGUUAAAUAUUUUGCUAAUGGUUCAACGUUAAUAUUUACCAAAGUAGAACUUUAAGGUGGGAGGGUAAGAGUGCUUUUCUAAGAGGGGCACUGGCUCCACUGUCAUUUGGCUUUUUAAGAUUCCGGUGUUUGGUCCCUUCAUUCUUGACUGAGAUUUCAGCCUUGCCAAGGGAGGGUCCCUGGUCUUGACCUUAGCACCUCUGAGGAGGGCUGGCUAGGUGUUAGGCUGCUAUGCUUAAGAAAUUAGUAGAGAAAGAAGAUCUUAAAACAGAAGUACUCCAAAAGAUGAAGAUCUGGAACGCUUAAAUUAAGCUUUAGAAGCCAGGACAGGCCCUGCCCCCUGCCCCCCAGGCGGCACAGCUCAGUACUUGGGCAAGGGCGCUCCUAUGCGUCAGGGCCUUUGGUCUUUCCAUGCUCUGCCACUCAAGAGCUGGCACUUUUUUUAAAAUAGAUAAAUGGGUGUUAUUUUUAUUUACCUUUUUGUAAAGUGAUUUCCAGUCUUCUGUUUGAAGUUCAGGGUGAUCCUGUUCUGCACUUGUGUAAAUACUGGGUAUCACACUGAUCUACCCGCUUGCCGCUCGGGAGGCUGUGCACUGAGGACCCUUCAUGUCACGCAUUGCUGUAACAAUGCUAAUAAAGCAUCUCUUUCUUUCUCUGUCU